AUUUGUCAGUUGUCAAUCCUACAUCAUUUCCGAAGCACAAAUCGCAUUUACCGCACUUUUUCCCCGUCUGCUUAGGAGUUCGCAACUUUUUUCAAGCAGUCAGGAAAAAAUCCAGAAACAUUUCAACAAUCGCGCAUCUUUUCGCAGCAAACAAUGGGCUAAAGCCCUGCAAUGGAUUCACCCGAUACGAAAACCUUAACCUCACUGGAAAGGGAGCACCUGAAGGCCCAAGAUUCGCGUCUGGUAAGCGCCCACAAGGCCGAACAGCUAGAGCGUCAAGCUCAGAAGCAUUGGGACUUGUUCUACAAAAGGAACGAAACCAGAUUUUUCCGCGAUCGACACUGGACAACCAGAGAGUUUGCUGAACUUGUGGGUGAGCAUAAUGGCGCUCAGAAGAGAGUGCUUUUUGAGGUGGGCUGUGGAGUGGGCAACUUCAUUUAUCCGCUGAUCGAAGAGCAGUUGAACCUGCACAUUCUCGCGUGCGACUUGUCGCCCAGGGCGAUCGAGCUGCUAAAGAACAACCCCUUAUACGACGCUGGGAGGAUCAGGGCGUUCCACUGCGAUAUCAGCUCUGAGCAGUUUGUUGACCACGUGGAGUCAUCCUCUGUAGACGUAGCAACGUUGAUCUUCGUGCUCUCAGCCAUUCAUCCUGACAAGUUUGCAGUAACUCUGCAGAACAUCCACAAGCUUCUAAAGCCGGGUGGGUUACUGAUGUUCCGAGACUACGGGCUCUACGAUAUGGCUCAGCUGCGGUUCAAACCUGGCAAUAAAAUAGCCGACAACUUCUACAUGCGACAAGAUGGCACUAGAACCUACUUUUUUGCCACCCAAUUCGCCCAGGAGUUGCUGGAAAGAGCGGGCUUCAAGGUGAUGAGUAACGAAUAUAUUCAUCGCAGAACGAUCAACCGGAAAGAGGACGUGGAUGUGCCCAGAAUUUUUGUGCAACUCAAGGCUCAGAAGAUCGCCUGAAUAGUGGUUAACAAAAGGCGCAGUCUGCGGCUUCGAUGGAACUGCUGGCAGGUUGAAAGCAUUCCUGCAAACGCCUGCAACUUAUUGACGGUGAGUUCAAUCGUUAUUCUAGUGGUUUUUUGGAAACUUUACACGUGAUGACAGCAUAGUUCAGA